AUGAUAACAUUUGUCCCUGCAACCGUUGCCUUGCCCAAGGAGAAGUAUCAGAAGGAUUGCCCUGGGCUGGGCAAGAAUGCCUCCGGGCCUCUAUGGAACUUGCAUCGAGAGGCCAAGAAGACGAUGGGCCGCAAGGUCCGCUAUCUCAAGCAGCAGCGGAUCCUCCGUGAUCACAACGUGUGGUGGGGAUGGUACGGCAAGUGGCAUGUCUGGAACCCCAACCCGGGCAUCAAGAACCUCUACACAGGCAAAGACUCCCAUCCGGACAAUCCAGAUUUCCCAGCGCCCAACAGCGGGCUGCAAGCCUUCGGCACCCGCUCCGUGGCGCCUGUGGCCAGCCGCAGUGCUUUUGUGGCUGGCAGGGCGCCGACGAUGGGCUCUGCCAAGCGGGCAGUCCUGUCGGCUCCGCGAGCCCGGUCCGGGCUGGUAAUGAAGGCCCACAAGAAGGCAGCUGCGAGUACCAAGAACCAGGGCAACUCCCGGAAUCCCCAUCACUGGGGCGUGAAGGCGUUGGGCGGCAAGGCCGUGAAGGUCCGUCAGCGCCUGGUCAAGCAGCGGGCCAUGAACUGGUACCCGGGCAACAACGUCAAGAUGUGCAAGGACAUGUCGCUGAUUGCGCUGAAAGACGGCAUCGUGCAGUGGCGUGGCGAUUACCGCCACAAGGAGGUGAGCGUCGUGCCGUGGGAGUACGUGAAGAAGAAGUGCAACUGGUCUUCCACCAGCACCCUGGCGCCCAAGAGGUACGAGCCAUGGAUGGGCAACAAAUUCGAUGGCCAUAGCGAGAAGUGGCCCGUCCGAAAGCUGUAUGACGAAUGGAAGGAGACAGAUGCGGGAAAAGCUUAUAUUUCUAUGAAGGCGGAGAAGAAGGCCAAGCAGAAAGAGAUCCAGAAGCGAAUUCGGGCAAAGAAGGCCCUCCGAUGGCAAGGAAAGGAAAAAAAACAAGAUAAGGUGGCUGCCGGAGACUCGGACAGCGAAGCUGAGAAAGCGUGA